AGGCUGACGUAUGUCGAUGAAUAUACACUAUCAGAGCAGAUUCGAAUAUAAAUGGAAUUUACCAAAACACCUACCUUAUUAAAAAAAUUGACAAAUCUGAAAAAUAUGAAAACUUUGACUUGAGUAAAUUAUGCACUGUAAAACUAUUAUACUGAAAUUUGAAAUAUUACGAUCAAUUGAUUGAAGCGCCCUCAAUUACGAAAACGCAAUCUUUCAUAUAAUUAUAUAUAACAAUCGUGUUUUUCAUAUGUUUGUACGAUGUGUUAUAUGUGCAUACAAUGUGAACUAAAAGCGAACAACGUUCAAAAGUUUCAAUAAAGGCAAAACAGCUGCGGUAAAGGCAGUUAAGAAAAAAUCAAAAUUAAACGAGCAAGGUGUACGUACGUACGUUAUUCGUUUUUGUAUUGAUUUAGUUAAAAGCUGUGGGAAUUUUCCAUUCAUUUCGCAAGAGGAAACAAAAUGGUUUUAACCAAUUUCGAAAUGUGGGCGGCUGACAGUGUUCCGGCCAGUGAGGUACUAUUGGAACUUGAAAACACUGCACGUUCACGACACCUGAAUCCUUUCAAUCCUUUACAUCAUUAUCAUCAUAGCCAUCAUCAUCAUCAGCCAAAUCUUACGCAUCUAUCUUCAAAUGGUUAUUACGGGUUUUCUUAUAUUAAUUCUACGCAUGAUAUGGAAAUGAACAAUAACAACGACAGUGAUAACAAUAAUGUAGAUGAAAAUCAUAACAAUAGUGUUACACAAGAUUUAAUGGGAAAUGAUGUUAAUAGUGAUAACAUCAAUAAUAAUCGCAGAGUAAAUACUGUUGAGUUACGUUGCAAGAAAAGGUGUCUUAUUUCCAUAAAUAACACCGAGAAUGAUUACAGCAAUGAAACCCGAAAUAAUUAUCAGUCAUCAUUAUCGCCAUCUGCUAAGCGUUGUCGUUACGAUAAUGACGACUUCACUGCCGCACAACAUUGCAAUGAUUUCUUUUCGUUGCCUUUCACACAAAUUGUUACGCAAUCAUGUUAUAUGGAUACUGAAGAAAGCUCUCCCACGAUAUACACUCAUCGUCAGCAAUUGCAACACGUUCGUUCUCCAACAAAUGAUGAGACAAUGUUAAAUGACAACAACAAUAAUAAUAGCCAUAAUGUUGAGAAAAAUGAGAGCCUGAAAAUUCAAUCACCACAUGUAUCGAACCAUACGCAAUUAGUCCAGGUUGACCAGCAGCAUCGCAACCAUCACUAUCCCCACCACCCCCAAGUUAAUCAUCGGCCACAGUCAAAUCAGACACAGCAACAACAACAUUAUCAAGGUCAUUUGCAUCGUGCUAAUCGUGACGUUAAUCGUUGCAUGCUAUCACACAUGAUAUAGCUUCAUUUUCGCCGUGUAUCGAAUUUUGCAUAGAUUAAAAUCAAGCACUUGAGAAAGCGAACCUGAAUGAUGCUCUAUUUACCUAAAGGUUACAAUAAAAUUCGCAACUAUUUUAACCGCGUCA